CAUAUUUUUCGCCGAGUUCCUCCAUGAACAGCUUGGGCUCCUAUCUAGCGGCGAAGGCUGCUCAAUCAAAGCCAGUGACGCCACAACGACAAAGUCCGGCUGAAAAUGGCAAAAAGGCAGUCUCACCAACAUCUCCAACAAAAGUGACUGCAUCAUAUCCCCCUGCACCCCAACGUGCAGAGUCACUCAUUUCAGCGUCCGACGCACUGUCCAUUAUUACUGGUCCUGCGCCGUCUAGUUUGGGCCGAGGACCCCUCGUUACGUCGCCCACACCAACAUCAGGGAAUGUGUCACCGAGAUUUUCGCCCAUGCGAGGACUGUGGGGAUCAAGUACACAGAAACCUGUAUCUACAAGUGGAGGUCUCCUAGAUAAUUUUGAUUUUGAAUUUGAUGGUUUGUCGGGCGGAACGAAUGAUUGGGACGCUGAUUUGGAACACGGCGAGGAGCGGGCUAGUCCUGCCGCGGACUGGAAGUUCGGAAAAGGAGGGGCCGGUCGCAAUGCUGAUGCUGAAAUCGUCAGACCUCCUCCUUCUGAGGUUGCACGAGGCGGUUGGUUGUGGACUCAAUUGACGCUAAAUUGGAAGAAGGUUUAUGGCAUUUUGACAUAUAAGAAUGGAAACAUGGGUAUCAUUCACUUAUAUGAGAACGAAGACGACUCUCAACCGUUUCGCAUCGUCGAACUCAGCACAUGUACCGAGGUUGAGGCCUGUAAAGAUGCCAACACUUUCAUGACAGGAAGAUACGAAUUUAGGCUGCGGAUGUCGUCUAGGCAGGAUGCAGUCUUUGCUGCUGAAUCGGGGGUGGAUCGAUCACAGUGGAUAGCGUCACUCAAAAUGCUCCUUCCACGCGCACAUACUCCGGGUAUGCAUUCGCCGAUGCCGCUGCCGAGUGCCCCUCAAUUAGACCAACUUGUUGAAGAUAGAAUGGGAGAGCAGAGAGAGGCAGAUGAAGAGUAUUAUGAAAUACCCAGGAGGACAUCUGAUACUACGUUUGCACAAGCCGCAUUUCAUGGCUACGCCAGACGACACAAUGCUACUGUUGACUCGGAACAACCAAGUCAGCUCUAUAGUCCCACCGGGCAGGAUAUUCGAACUGAAAUCGUCAAUGUGAAAGAUCUCCUUCUUAAGCUGUUGGACGUCAAUACGCGCGCCGACACUUCCACUGAUGUCUCAGAGCGUUAUAUCGAACUGCGAUCCGAAUUAACAAAAUUGUCGCGAACCUUUGAAGAAACGUCGAAGGGCAUUGCAACAGCGGUACAGGAUUUAAAGCACGCCAUGCCUCCAAAACCCAAUGAGACCUCCUCAACCACCGAGCUAGAGACGGCUGUCGUAGAGUUAACGGAUUCAAUGGAAAUACGAACAAGCAAAAUUGCCAAAAUGGUGCACGAAUUGUUGCAGAAGGACGAUCAUGGAGAGCGUAUCCAAGCAGGACUAGAAGAUUUGAAGACAUUGUUAAAAGAAGCUUUGACCCGAUUUAGUGGCCAGCAUGCGAAUGCUUCCUUAGGGCAAAAUGGUUCACUAGAAGCAUCAAUUGCGUCACUGAAUGCUACAGUGCAUAGCAUUGCACAGAGUUUCAGCGAACUACAGCUAACGCUUUCGACACCGUCAGAACAAUCCCCACAUCUGGCUGAGCACCUGGCGAAGAGUUCGGAUGCAUUGAACUCCAUCUCUGGACGCUUGGAAGGUCUUUAUGAGACUCAACAUCAGCACAGUGUCGAUAUGGGCAUGUUGAUGGGGAUGCUAGCAGAAUCCAAUCAAAAAGCUGCGUUGAAGCAAACCGAAACAAUGAGUUUAGUGAGAGAUGCUAAGGGUGGUGUCGAAGAGAUGAAGGUUAUCUUGCAGCAGCAUGGAUCGACAGUCAUUGAGCGAAUUGACUCGUGGGCCAAGAAUGUGGACAAGACUGGUGCCGGGCAACAGACCGAACUCCAGAGUGUUGUCACAAAUAUGCGCGAGGAGCUGUCAACUACUCUUCAGCACCUCCGCGAAGAGAAAUCUGGCUCUCAAAACGACGCCAUUAUAGCUAGAAUUGAUCGUCUCUGUGAUGCGCAAGAGAACACAAAACAACUGCUGAUAGACAAAUUGGACCCAAGUACCACCCAGGAACUACUACGAUGUCUGGAAAAGCUGGAUAAGCGUACCGAAGUUGACAACGUCCACAUCAGGGACUCUCUGCUGACGAUUGAGCGGGCCGUAAAGAUGCAAAACGAAGGGUAUCUCACAAAAAAUGAUAUCCAAAGUAUAUCCGAUACCUUAGAAGACGUCAAAGCCCGUCUGUCAUCAGCCCUGUUGCGUCCCCCACCUUCACCAAAACAAACCUCAGGGGACCGACUUGACCGGCCGACAACCAAUAUGAUCACUUCCAUCAACGACAAACUUAUCCACCUCUCUAAGCUCAUUGACCAUGUUCAAGAAACACAAACGGCUCGUUUCUAUGCAGUUGAGGAUAGACUGAAGGCCUUGCCAAGCGCAUCGUCCACAGCAUCCACCACUGAUGAAAGCGCAACGGAUGCAAUGCUGCAACAGCAUAAGCUUACGGAUAUUCGAAACAGCUUGGAAAGCAUUGAAGAAAGACUAUCGAGAAGCGGACGGGAAGGCCAAAGUCGACAUGACGUCGUCGAUGGACGGCUGGACCGAAUGUCAGAUCAACUUAAACACAUGCAGCGAACGCUUACCAAGCUUGUACAAGUGGGUAUGCUUGGUGACAACGAUUCACCGUCCGUUGAUUCAAGACGGUCAGAUAACCCAACAGAUGGAAACCUAGCAUCAUCAUUAGCGGAUCACCGGGGAUUGCUGAUGCAGCUUCGUCAAGAGUUGAUUGACGUGAAGGAGCAGCUCGGAGACGAUGUGACGGGGGAGAGAAUGAACGACUUGCUCGGCAUGUUCAGCAUUUCGCAGGAUACGCAUAACGUCGUUGCAGGGAAAAUUGACGCUGUUUUGAAUGAAAUGGUGACAAAGGAUGUGCUUGAGGAACUUAAGAAGCAGAUACAAGCGUUAGGCGCUAGUGCUGGGAAUGGUGUGGGUGGGGAUGUCCGGGAGCUGAAGGAGAUGAUGAGCGAAAUGACAUCGCAAAUUCAGAAUCUUCGGUCUGGAACAGUGGGUGGGGCCCCUCAGCAAACAGAAAGUACUCUGCCAACCAUCCUCCGCUUAACCGAAUCCAUUCACUCCUGCCUCGUGGCCUACCUUCCAAUUGAUCUUGAUACGAAACUCUCAAAUAUUCAAUCCUCUCUCGCCUCCGCUCGCCCUCAGGCAUAUUGCCCUCCUCCCCAGCCACAGCAGAUAACACCUCCUCGCCAGGCAGACCUACGUGAUCUCCUCACUUUUCAUCAAGAUCUUGCUCGGCGCGAGUUGGCCACUACGGAAGCACUCGACUCGAUACAGCACUCAUUGGCUAGGAUGCUAGAUUGUUUUGAUGCGCAUGGCUUGCUUCAGACCAAGGUCACCUUGGCACGGCCAGCCACCGCACCUCAGGUGAUGGAAAUAACCGAGCUGAAAGAGAUAAAGGAAGCCAUUUUGAGUUUGCAGCGAGCAGUGUCCAGACCUGACACAUCAGAACCAACCAGCAGCAAGGACCUAGAAACCACAAAACUUGACUUGACAAGCAAAAUCAAUGUAUUGAACGAGAGCAUUCAACAACUGCAAGUAACGCAAGACACCAUCGCAGCGGAGAUUGACGCAAUGUUGAUGCAGCGUACAAUGCUUGUGGAACAAAUUGGAGGGCUUGAGGCAAAGCGCUAUGAACUUGCUGCUGCACCACUGAAUAAACUGAACCGAGCCGGUAGUCCGCGGAGACCAAAGAGUCGGCAAAGCAUUCCUCUUAGACGGAUAUCUUGUCCAGUAAGAGGCAGCCUGGAUCCAAGUGUAGAGGAAAGAGUGGGAGAAGUGGCGUGAAUAAGAAUAGACUGAUAGGCCUGCUAAAGUGUCCGAAAGCUUUCAGAUGCCCAUUUCUACAUGUAUUUGGAGAUGUUGCACAUGUUUUUCUCUGAGUGGUCAGAAGCUCUACUGUCAAACCUCAAUCGGCCGUCUUCACAAGGUGUAUGCUUUCAUAAAUUAAGUAUUUCAUGCAAGAAAAUGUACAAAGC